UUCAUGACAAGUUCCACAAACGCUCUGAGAUCAUGUCUGGAUUUAACUCGUCGAACAUCACCGGCUUCAUCCUCAGCGGGAUUCCGGGUCUAGAAGACUACAACUUCUGGAUCGGUUUUCCUGUUCUCUUGAUCUACAUCGUGGCUGUCUUAGGGAACUGCACCCUCAUGUACACCAUCAAGACCGAGCCGGACCUACACGAGCCCAUGUAUAUCUUUGUCUUCAUGCUGUCCGCCAUCGAGUUCUUCAUAGCCAACACAACCAUGCCCAAAAUGCUGGGGAUCUUCUGGUUCAACUCUAGAGAGAUCACCUUCAACAUGUGCCUGGUCCAGAUGUUCUGCAUCCACUUCCUGUCGGCUCUGGAGACCGGAAUCCUGGUGGCCAUGGCUGUAGACCGCUACGUGGCCAUCUGCCACCCUUUGAGAUACUCAGCCAUUUUGACCGACAAAACCAUAAUAAAGAUCACUGCUGCGAUAGUAGCCAGAGGAGCCGCGGUCGAGGUUCCCCUUCCUCUACUUAUCAAGAGACUCCCCUUCUGCAAAAGCAAUCUCCUGACGCACUCCUUCUGUCUUCACCAGGAGGCCAUGAAGUUGGCCUGCGCCGAUAUCCGAGUCAACAUUCUCUACGGCAUGUUUUUAAUCAUCUUUGUGAUGGGCGUAGAUUCGCUCUUCAUCUCCGUCUCCUACAUUCUGAUAAUCAAGGCCGUGUUUGGCUUGGAGGAAGAGGCCAGUCUGAAGGCUUUCAGCACAUGCGCGGCUCAUAUCUGCGCCGUCCUGUCCUAUUACAUCCCGCUCAUCGGAGCGUCCAUGGUGCACAGGUUCGAAAGUAAAGCUGCCCCGAACCUACACAUCUUUUUUGGGAACGCUUACCUCCUGGUACCCCCGAUCCUAAAUCCCAUCAUUUACGGCAUUAAAACAAAGCAGAUUCGGAGGAGAAUUCACCGGAUUUUCAGCGAAAAGUGGAAAUGCAACAAAGUGUCCUCCGACCUGUAA